CGGGGCUAUUCUUUAGUUCAAUACGGACAAGUGAAUAACACAACUGAUUCGCCGAAUACGUGCUAUUGUUUCGCAGUCGAUUUUAUUUACUUGUUUUUUCGCUGCUGACUUCUUCUUUCUUGUUUCCUGCCUGCAAGCACUCAAAUAAACACAAAGUUUUCGAAACUGUUUCAAUAUCGAGUUGAGCGGGAAACGUGUUGGUUGACAGAGGCUUGUGGGAUGCUGUGAAGUGCGUUUAAAUUAAGUCUGUGAAGGAAAAAUAAAUUUAAAAAAAUGUAAAAAAAAAUCCAAAAAAAAUAUUUUUGAAGUACUGUGAAAAUAAAUAAUAAAGAAAAAAUUGCACAUGUAAAUAAACGCAUGUUGAACAUUAAUAAAAUAUUGAAAAAUAAAAAUGUAUUUUAUUUGAAGUGCGCGCCUAUGCAAGUAAUGACAACCUAAAAUCAAAUUAUUUGUAUCAAAUCAAGUAAUCAAAGUGAACCGCUAUACGCAGGUGACCGCGAAAACUUGUCAAUCAGCGUCAACAGCGCCGCUGCUCUGUUGGUAGAGAAGCUAUUUUGCUAUUAGCAGCGAUUAAGAUAAAGAUAAAUAAAGCGGAUGAAAAAAUAAUCAAAAAAACAUAUACACAAAAAUUUGAAGAAAAAAUAUAUAAAAAGUGAUACAAAGUAAAUAAAAUAAAAUAAAUUUUAAUUAUGCACCGGUGGAAUUGUUUGCUGAUUUUGUCUACAUUUUAUAAACUUACCAAUGCCAUUGCCCUACCCACCGGCCUGCCCAAAUGUAAUUGCAUACCCGUGAAAGAAUGCGAACCCAUCGCUUACUUACUCCUGAAUCACAGGCCACAUGAAGCUGACUUGAUAUUCAAAAUAGUGCAGAGUGCCGGUUGUGGUUAUGCCGGUCUUGAUCCGCUCGUCUGCUGUCCCACCACCUAUGCUAACCACAAAAUAGCGACGCGCGUGCAUUCAACUGAAAGUGAUACAUUCGGCAGAACAGAUCCCGACGCCUGGGUAUGGGACAGCGUAGAAUUACCUACACGCUUUGGCGCGUUCACAGAAAAGUUGUUGGCAGCCAGUUCAGAUGCUCGAUCAACUAAACGACGAUCAAAAGAUUUUUACGAAGAAACAGAUAUAUUUGAUUUUAAGGAUCCAAAAACUGAAAGAAAUUUUCCGCAUUCUUUCUACGAAGAAGCAGUUGAGCUCCAGGACAAUGAUGAUACUAAAAUAGAACGCGGCUGUGGAGGCCUACCCCAUAAAUACUUUACAAAGCAACCACAUACACAGCGACAUCACUUUGACGAGCAUAAAUCCAUUCAUCACCACGAACAUGAUCACCAUAGCGUGGACGAUAGCAACGAUUACGAUGAGGGGGAGGAAUAUCCACGCAUUAUUUUUAGGCCAAUAAAUGAUGGCCCUGUUAUAUAUCCAGAUGACAGACGUUUGAAUCGGCCAUUUCAGUUUCCAAUGCAAAGAACUACUACGACAACAACACAGACACCGAGAACAACUAAAACAACCACUACAACAAUAAAACCUGGGGUGAAGGCGACGGAGCAGUCCAAAGUUAACACAGCGCGUUGUGGCAUACCGGAAAUAGACGGCCAAAGUGGCGAACGCAUAUAUCCAUGGAUAUCACGCAUAGCUUAUAUUAACAAAACCAAUAAUUUCAUAAGCUAUCGCUGUUCCGGUUCGGUUGUAAGUCAAUCACACAUCCUGACAGCCGCGCACUGUGUUGUCAACCUUGUUAGCGAUCUGCGGCUCUCUCAUGUGCGCAUUGGUGGUGUGGCGCUUUCCCCUAACUGCACUGCCAACAGCAAUGUUAAUUGCUCCAUCACUACACGUAUUUAUCAAAUCGCCGAAGUGCGCGUACAUCCAAGCUACGAUCAGCCGAAGUAUGCCAAUGACAUUGCGUUAGUAAAAAUAAUCGGCGAAGCAAAUGAAUAUACACCCAUUUGCUUACCUCCGAAACUAUCUGCUUCUGUGCGGGAUGAGCUUAUAGGCAGCCCUGGAAUUGCGCUUGGCUGGACAGCGGAUUUGGAAGGCAAUGAUACAGGUAGCCCAAGAGUACGUUACCUCAGUUUGCCGAUAGUUAAUACAACUGAGUGCGCCAUUACCUAUGCGAAAUUCAGUGAGAACUUCAACGAUCCCAUCAUUAUUACGCCAUCACAGAUAUGUGCUCAGGGUGGACCUAUGAAUGAUGUCUGUCGAGGUGACAGUGGUGGUCCGUUUAUGGAUGAGGGCUCCUCUGGUUUAAUAAAUUCAAGUGGUCGCCAUUCUUUAUUAGGUAUUGUGGCUUUUGGACCUACAAAAUGUGGCAUGUCGAAUAUACCAGGAGUCUAUACGCGCGUCAGUUCCUACUUGGGAUGGAUCAUAGAAAGUAUUAGCUUAAGGUAACCUGUAUUUCUAACCACAAAAUUGCACAUACACACAUACUUCCUUUUUUUAAUCAGUUUAAUCAGCAUUCAAUAUUAAGUACUGAAGCAAUAUUUAUUUUAGUAUUAGCAUUUCUUGUUUAUGGAAUUAUAAUUUGUUGUUUAUAAAAUAAAAUAAAAAUCAUGCACAAUAAU